AUGACGACUCUAGAGAAGCUAACCGGCUGGAGGCGGCUGAUGCUGCUGUGCCUUUCUCUGGAGCUACUAUUGGAAGCCGAGUCUGGCAACAUCCGCUACUCUGUGUCAGAAGAAACUGAAAAAGGCUCCUUCGUAGGCAGCGUUGCCAAGGACCUGGGGCUGGAGAGCCGGGAGCUGGCGGAGCGCGGCAUCCGUAUUGUCUCUAGAGGUAGGUCUCAGCUUUUCUCCCUGAACCCGCGAAGCGGCAGCUUGGUCACAGCCGGCAGGAUAGACCGGGAGGAGCUGUGUGCCCAGAGCGCGCCCUGUCUGGUAAGCUUUAACAUCCUUAUGGAGGAUGAAAUGAAGCUUUUCCCGAUCGACGUAGAGAUAAUUGAUAUUAAUGACAACACUCCCCAGUUCCAGUUAGAAGAGAUGGAAUUAAAAAUGAGUGAAAUAACGACUCCAGGUACCAGGAUCCCCCUGCCUCUUGGGCAAGACCUUGAUGUGGGUAUAAACUCACUUCAGAGCUACCAGCUAAGCGCCAAUCCUCACUUCUUCCUGGAUGUGCAACAGGGUCCUGAAGGACCACUACAGCCAGAGCUGGUACUGCAGAGCCCUCUAGAUAGAGAAACUGAUGCUAUGCACUACCUUGUCCUCACUGCCUCUGAUGGGGGCGACCCGGUACACUCGGGAACUCUGCAAAUUCGUGUUCAGGUGGUAGAUGUGAACGACAACCCACCAGCAUUUACCCAGGCAGAGUAUCACGUGAGCGUCCCUGAGAACGUGCCAUUAGGCACUCGGCUACUCAAGGUGAAUGCCACUGACCCGGAUGAGGGAGCUAAUGGCAAAGUAAUGUACACCUUUCACAACGUAGACCACAGUGUGGUCCGGAAAUUUCAGCUAGAUUCUUACACAGGGGAAAUAUCAAGUAAAGAACCACUAGAUUUUGAAGAAUACAAAGUUUAUCCAAUGGAAAUCCAAGCUCAGGAUGGUGCUGGCCUCAUGGCCAGAGCUAAGGUGCUUGUCACUGUUUUGGAUGUUAAUGAUAAUGCUCCAGAAGUUGGAAUCACCUCUGUCACCACCGCAGUACCAGAAAACUUUCCUCCUGGAACCAUAAUUGCUCUUAUCAGUGUGCACGAUCAAGACGCCGGUAACAAUGGUCACACCACGUGUUCCAUUCCUGGAAACCUACCCUUUAAACUGGAAAAGUUAGUCGACAAUUAUUAUCGCUUAGUAACAGAAAGAACACUGGACAGAGAGCAUAGCUCUGGGCACAACAUCACAAUAACAGCAACAGAUCAGGGAGCUCCGCCCCUAUCUACCCACGCUCACAUCUCACUGCUAGUGACAGAUAUCAAUGACAACCCUCCAGUUUUUGAACAGGACUCCUACUCUGUCUACAUCCCUGAAAAUAACCCCAGAGGGGCUUCCAUCUUCUCAGUAAAAGCCCAGGAUGCUGACCACAAUGAAAAUGCACAAGUGACUUAUUCCCUAGUGGAAGACAUUGUUCAGGGAGUGCCUUUGUCUUCUUACUUCUCCAUCAACUCGGACACUGGGGUUGUCUAUGCAUUGCAGUCCUUUGACUAUGAGCAGUUUCAACAGUUGCACCUAAGAGUGAUGGCCCGUGAUAGUGGGAAUCCACAACUCAGCAGCAAUGUAUCUCUGAGUCUGUUCAUGAUGGAUCAGAACGACAACGCCCCGGAGAUCCUGUACCCUGUCUUCCCUACUGAUGGGUCCACCGGUGUGGAACUAGCACCUCGAUCUGCCGAGCCCGGUUACCUGGUAACCAAGGUGGUAGCAGUGGACAAAGACUCGGGACAGAACUCCUGGCUGUCCUACCGACAGCUCAAGGCCAGCGAGCCAGGGCUUUUCUCAGUGGGACUGCACACAGGCGAGGUGCGCACUGCUCGGGCCCUGCUGGACAGAGAUGCUCUGAAACAGAGCCUGGUGGUGUCCGUGCAGGACCACGGCCAGCCUCCUCUGUCCACCACAGUCACAUUUACUAUUGCAGUGGCUGAUAGCAUUCCUGACCUCCUGGCUGACCUGGGUAGCAUCGGGACCCCUGCCGAUCCCCAGAAUUCAGAUCUCACACUGUACCUAGUGGUGGCGGUGGCUGUUGUCUCCUGCGUUUUCCUGGCCUUUGUCAUCGUGCUCCUGGUCCUCAAGCUGCGCCACUGGUACUCCUCACGCUUGCUCCAGACUGCAGCAAAUGGAGCGACUGGACUGCCUGCCUCCAACUUUGUAGGCAUUGACGGGGUGCAUGCAUUUCUACAGACCUAUUCUCACGAGAUCUCACUCACCGCCGACUCUCGAAAAAGUCACCUGAUCUUCCCACAGCCCAACUACGCAGACACACUCAUCAGCCAAGAGAGCUGUGAGAAAAAGGAAUUUCUGUCAGCACCCCAGUCUCUGCUUGAAGAUACUGAGGAAAUAUUUUCUCAGGUAAACUUGUAA